GUGACGGAAAGUUGCAUCCGCGCUGCCCCGCCAUUGUCCACACGGCACGGCUGCGAGUAUAAGAAGAGCCCCGCGGAUUGGUCGCGGAACUUCCGCGUGUUUCCCCCUUUCUCUUCUCAGCCCUGACCCCUUUCGUCCAUUUUUAAAGCUCUCUUUUUUUUGUAAAUAGCGAACAUGUCACAACAUUUCAGAAGCGGCCCAGCUUUUGGACUUUCUGCCGAGGUCAAGAGUAAGCUGGCAGGGAAGUAUGACCCUCAUAUGGAGGAGGAGCUGAGGCUGUGGAUUCAGGAUGUGACCGGCAAGAAGAUUGGAGAGAACUUCAUGGAGAGUCUGAAGGAUGGAGUAAUGCUAUGCGAACUCAUCAAUGUUCUUCAGCCCGGCUCUGUGAGGAAGAUCAACCACUCCAGUCAAAACUGGCACCAGUUGGAGAACAUUGGGAAUUUUGUCCGUGCAAUUACAGAGUUCGGCCUGAAGCCUCACGACAUCUUUGAGGCCAACGAUCUGUUCGAGAAUGUCAACCACACUCAGGUCCAGUCCUCGCUUAUCGCCCUGGCGGGAAUGGCCAAGUCGAAAGGUUUCCACUCCAAGUACGACACAGGAGUGAAAUACGCUGAGAAACAGCAGCGCCGCUUCGCUCCAGAGAAGCUGCGGGAAGGACGCAACAUCAUCGGCCUGCAGAUGGGCACCAACAAGCUUGCCAGCCAAAAAGGCAUGACCUCUUACGGCACAAGACGCCAUCUCUAUGACUCCAAGAUGGGCAUGGACAACCCGAUGGACCAAUCCACCAUCAGCUUACAGAUGGGUACCAACAAAGGAGCCAACCAGUCGGGCAUGACCGCCCCCGGCACAAGGAGGCACAUCUUCGACAAGAAGCUGGAGCUGGAGAACUGCGACACCACCACUAUAUCUCUGCAGAUGGGCACCAACAAGGUGGCCUCCCAGCAGGGCAUGACCUCCUACGGCCAGCCCCGCCAGGUCUACGACAACAAGUACUGCGCCAACCCCACCGAGGCGGCCUACAACAACGGCGGGCAGGCGGAGUUCGACGGCUACAACCAGUACUCCGACUAAAACCCCCUCAGACUGGUAUUCCAAACACUGAUUUGACGUCUCGCUCCCUGGCCUUGUUAGACACGGUUUUACUCUCUGGGAAGGUUUCCACGAGUACGACAAUAAUACUUUACAUGGCCAACUUCUGUGGUUCUUGGUACCAGACUUAAAGGUUGAUAUUUAAUAUCUAUUUAUGGAUCCUUUUCCACAAUUGUAAUUAGAGACCGCGUUGGUGCUACUGAACCUUUUUGACAGACCCCUCCUUCUGACCCAGCUUGUUUUUUUUUUAUUUGAAACCCCCUAAUAUAGUCCGAGGCCGAACAAAUGACCCGGGGUUUCGGCUACGAUUGACGUGGCUUGCGUGGAAUGUUUUAUUUUCAUAAAUCUAAGGCAUAACAAAAAGUAUAUUAGACAGCUGAGUUACUUGUAGUCACCACAGAUUCUUUACACAGCUAAA